AUUGACAAUUCAAAAGUCAAAACAUUGAGUCGCCGUUGCCGGCUAACGCUUUAUUUUACCAAAUAAUAAGCAAAAAUAACUCUAUUGAUUUAAAAGGUGGCAAAUAAAAAUGGAUGAAGAUCAGCAGGCUUUAGUAAGAAAUUUCGAUUCAGUUAAAGAUGUUCCAGAAAUCCUACUUUCAUACGUCAAUAAGUUUGUGAAAAUCCAGGUUAUAAAAAACAGGUGUUUUACGGGCUUUCUACAUUCUAUUGACCCUAUUAGUCUCAGUGUUAUUAUCUCAGUACCACAUGAAGGAAGUUACCGAACCACUGUUAUACCUGGGCAUGCAGUACAAGAUAUACAAGAGGAAACCCCAAGUGAUGAUAUCAAGCCACCUACUCGGAAACCCGUAACAGAGCCAACCGAAUCUGACAAAAGCCAGCGUAAAGCUCAGCUGAUAGCCUGGUUUAAAAAGAAUUUGUUGCCUUUAACGGAAAAUGGAGAUGAUUUAAUAAUAGGGAAUGUUAGUGUGCUUCCGCCAUACAGUGUAAAAGACAUUUGUGCUGAAAAUCUGGUGGUUUCUAUGCAGAUUAGAAAACUAAUGGAAUCAAUGCCUCCUAACUUUCAAGUUUAACAUAUUAGGUAUUUUGUAUAGGUAUAAUUGUUUUGUAUAUAGAUAAUAAUGAUAUUUUGAAGUGAGUUUUGAUCCGAAUAGGUAGAGUUUAAUUGCCUACACUUAAUAAAACAGAGACAAGAAUAUUUAAUUUGGUCCAGGACUUAACUCCUGGGAACUUACUAAGUAAAUUAUAAUAAAUGAAGUAAAAAUAAUACAUUCCUUGUUUUUGUCCAACUUAAUCACUAGGUCCAAAAAUAAACAACUAAUAUAAAAUAGUUUCUUUUUAAUGUCAUUUUUUAAACAAAUUAAUUUAA